CGCUGUGGUUAUCUGAAAGGCGUGGCGUUGCUCGUGUUCGCGGGAGUGACGUCAGUGGAGCUGUUCAAAGCGCGCUGGUGCUGGAAAGAAACUCGGCGUCGUCAGCAGCGAGCGGCGAGGCGGACCACGAACUCGGGCAUCUCUCAAGGAAAUAGCGAGAAACGACUCAUUCAUCUGUUAGAACAGCCGGUCUUCUGAAUUGCUCUGCGCUGACGUGGACCUCCAGCUUUCUACAACAUCUUGCCUGGAAUAUUCUGGAUCUCAGGAGGUUAAAACAACCAUUACCAUGAUUCGAUUUUUCACAAGACUGUAGUACUGAACACGCCCCAGCCAGGAGGGCAAAGUUUGGGCAAGGAGCCCAUCAUAUCUUGUAUUCAAAGUUGGACAGAGUAAAAGAACCAUGUAGUGUUUAUGUUUCCACCACAGGGGGGCGGGUUAACUUUGUAGCUCUUUUUGUAUGAUUUUUUUAUUUAAGGGAGUUGGUCUAUAAGGUGAGCCGGAAAUGGUCUUGCACACCUCUCCCUACUCCAGUGCCUUCCUCAGUUUCCUGAGCGGCCUGUCGUGGGCCUUCGUUUUCCCCUGCUACUGGCUGUUGGACAGGUUGUUGGCCUCCUGUGUACCAACGUCACUGGAGAAACGUAGGCGCUCGCAGGAUCCCUGUUCCUUCCUGGUACUGGGGGUUCUGAUCUCAACACCGCUCUACCUGGUGCUACUUGUGGCAUCCUUUCCUUUGGCCUUUCUUGGCUUUCUUUUGUGGGCACCACUGCAGAGCAUCAGGAGCCCUUACAUAUACACACACCAGAAGCCCGACAAGCACGGGAUUGAGCAGGGUGCUGCAGCCGGCACUGGGGCAGCGCUUGCUGAAUGGCGUCCACAGGGUCGCAGUUUUUGCUUUGGGAGUGCCAACGUCUGCCUGUUACCGGACUCGCUGGCACGUUUCAAUAACCUUGCUGACACUCAACGGCGGGCGAGGGAUGUGGGCAAGCGGAUCCGCAACGGUGCCAGCAGGCCGCAGAUUAAGAUAUACAUCGACUCACCUACUAAUACAUCAAUUAGUGCUGCCUCCUUCUGCAGCGUGGCCACACAGGGCUUCCGUCGUACCUCUUCUCUGGACCAUCGUCCCGAACCUGCAGUCAUCACUGAGAGCGAGACCGAGCCCUUAACAGAGUGUCCCGUUCACCCCUCAGGAGGUACAAGCUCGGAUUGCCCCAUCCACAGCACUGAAGCCCAAAACGAGUGUCCCGUUCAUCCCAAUGGAGAAGACCAUGCUCCAGAUUGCGCACUCCAACAGUGUGCAGACCCGAACUCCUCCGGCGAGUGUCCAGUGCACAGCAGCAUCACCCAGAACUCGGAAGACUGUCCUCUCCAUCCAUCCGGAGUACAAAUCAGCAUCACCUCCCCUGAUUCAGAGCCAGCUGGAGCUGAAAAAGGAAACCAUCAAACUGGGGACGGGGAUACAGGGAGCCUUGAAAGCCGCACAGCUUCCCGGGAAUCUCUGGUUCGUUUUCACACGACUGAUGGAGGGAUAUCACCCAAUAACACGCUUUCACAACACCGCACCUCCGUCUUCAAGCGACCCAUCGGGCGCAAACGCCGUCACGGCGAUGACGGCUUCGACCACGAGAUUUCCGCCUUCUUUCCUGCCAACCUGGACUUCCUGUGUCUGCAGGAAGUUUUCGACAUACGGGCUACUGACAGACUCAGGAGGCAGCUGCACCGCUACUUCCCCUAUGUGCUGAGUGACGUGGGACGCUACGGCUGGAAAGGCUGUUGCUCUCGGUUCAAGUUCUUGAACAGCGGGUUACUGCUGGCCAGUCGCUACCCUAUAUUAGAUGCCCAUUAUGAGUGUUUCCCCAAUGGGCGUAGUGAGGAUGCUCUGGCUGCUAAGGGAGUUCUUUUUGCCAAGGUGCAGGUAGGACGCUCUGCUCAGGAACAACGGGUUGUCGGAUAUAUCGCAUGUACUCAUCUGCAUGCUAUUGAAGGUGAUUCGUCUGUGCGAUGUGAGCAGUUAGAUAUGUUGCUGGAGUGGGGCUCGGAGUUCAGAAGAGCCACCUCAGGGUCUGCAGAUGAGGAGAAGGGUCUGGAAGAUCAGGUGGCCUUUGACGUCAUACUCGGAGACCUGAACUUUGACAACUGCUCCUCAGAAGAUAAGCUGGAACAACAGCAUUCACUCUUCACUCAGUAUAAAGACCCAUGUCGCCUCGGCCCUGGAGAGGACAAACCAUGGGCCCUAGGUACACUGCUGGACACAAGCGGGUUAUAUGACGAAGAAGUCAGCUCGCCAGAGAGUCUUCAGAAGGUAAUGGAGAACGAAGAAGGGAGAAAAGAGUACUUGGUUUUCCCGGCCAGCAAGAAUCACUGUCCCAGCCAGAAGGGUCGUAAAAUCCCCCUGAAGGGCAACGGCAGGAGAAUCGACUACAUUCUCUAUAAAGAGGAAGGCCUGCAGCAGGACUGGAAAGUGGACAUAGAGGAGUUCAGCUUCAUUACUCAGCUUGCUGGAUUGACCGACCACCUCUCAGUGGCUGCGAGACUGGUAGUGUCGACCGGAGAAGAGGAGAGCUAGAAUCCAGCCAUAAUUUUCACAAAAAUCAAUGCCACGGAGAGAUAGAGAGCAAGAGAGAGAGAGAGAGAGAGUGGAGCAUAAAAGCAGAAGGCAUUUGUCUCCAGAUGUCAGAUGAGGGCCGAGUGAUAGAGAUGGUGGUGUAAAACCAUUGAUGAGAUGGAUUGAGGACAGGCCGGGAUGACGAAAAGGAAAGAAAUCACCAAUCGGCUGAGAGCACCGAAUUUCUGACUGUGGUUCUCAAGUAACACGGACACACGUUCUGUUGUCGCCAUGGAUACGGGCACAGUCUCACCCUCCAUCCACCCCUAAACCGUCCGUGUGUUUACAUCUGAUGAACAAAUCGAAAGACUCACCUUUGCACAUCCGAUGCUUUCCUCUGGGCCUGCGAAGGGCGGAAGAGAUUUUCUGGUGCCAUGACCCGGUUGUUGCAUGGGGCUGGUCGUCCUGUCACACAGUAUGAAAAAAAGGCAUUGACUUUUAUGUUCUUUAGAGUUUAGAGGACAGCAUUCUUCAAAAGACCUCAGCAAAAGUGUCUUUCUUUUCUAACGUCUUUCUAAGGUUUCUAUGACCUCGUGUCAUCUUUUUAGGGAGUUUAUAUACUGAUGUAAAAUGAGGUUUUGUUGUGCAACCUCAGCCAAUACUAAGUUGAUCUUAAACGAUUGUGAAUGACGACCAAGCCUGGAAAUCUCACGGAUGGUGUUAUCGUUGCAUAUGACUGGAAUGCUGAGCAGUUGAUGGGAAUUUAACCCUAUGGAUGUUUGGAUGCAUGUUUUCUCGAUGCACUGCCAUGUUUGUCAUGGCCUGCAUGUUUGACAUGAAAUCCCCAAAAGUUAACACACCCCUCACACACACAUACAGAGACACAACACUUCCCUUUUCCAGUAUUGCUUUGGCUCCAUUACAGUAUAUGGUGCCGGACAGAGUCGCAGUGUUGACUGUUUACAUAUUUUAGUCAAAAUGGUCGUCCCCUGAAAAUGUUUACACGCUUAUCGAUUUCAGGCAACAGUACCAAAAAUGGCUGAUCUAAACUACCCCGGUUAAACCCAUAGAGGAUCUCUCCUUAUUGCUUUUAUACUGUCUAUAUUUCUCUUGAUAUAAGUUGAUAUUAUUAUUAUUAUUAUCAUUAUUACUAUUGUUCGUAGAUUUGAAAUUAUGUGCUUUUUACAAAUGACUACAUUUCCCAUAACGCAUUUAUCUGCUUUUGCUGUGUUAGAGGUUUACAGCAGCCUAGCGUAGAGCUCCGCCCUGUUUCACCUGCAGACUGACUGGCCAAUCAGCAUGCUAAUAAACAUCCUUACUGUAGGUUUACACCAGACGCGAGUUCAACGGUUUGCGUGAGUAGAUUACAUACAAAGUCAAUGCAAAGACGCGAUCAGAUGCGUCCUCGCGUGGGGCGAUGCGAAUGACACGAUAUGGAUGGCGCGUUUGCCACGAAAACACGCACUAUUCGCCUCAAACGCGUCUUCGCCCAAGUUGAAAAUAUACAAUUCGAGCGAAAAUUUUGCAUGACACGAAGUUCAAUCCCGUGAGUAAUCUAGAGCGAGUAACGCGAUUCCCCCGCGUUUGGUGUGUACGUAGCAUUACUGUCGAUUCACACCAGCCGCAUUAUAGGCGUCAAAAUCGCGUCCUGAACAUUUUAAGUUUGCUCGCUUCAUUCGCGCGUGAAAUUCUAGUCAUCGAGACAUUCACACGGAAAUUCGCUUCAUGGGAGGGGCUUCUGCGACUCCGCUCGCUUCCUGUAAUCACGUCACUACUUGAGCAAGCUCCUGAUUGGUUAACGCGGCAAUUUUUUAAGCCAAAGUUCACAUUUUUCAACUUGCGUGUUUGCCAUUCGCGCGAACAAGGCAGAAUCGUGUCUACCGUGCUGCGCUAAACGCCUUAUUUGUCCCACGAGACCUCCAGACGUGCGUCAACGCGUCUUCACAUUGACUUAACAUUAAAGCAACACUAAAGAGUUUUUGCUCUUUGCUCCCCCUAUGGUUAAAAGCGGAAUUGUCCAUUACCACUGUCGUAAAUACUGCAGCAUAUCUGGCUCUGAUUGGAUUGUAGGUCUGCCGUAAAGCACGUUUUUGUAGUUUUCACUCGAACUACAGGACCGUGACCCGACAGUUGGAAACUUCUUUAGUGCGGUUUUGGUCGAUAGAGGGCUGCAAAACUUUAUUUUAAAGUAAAAAAACUCUUUAGUGUUGCUUUAAAAUCACUCGUGCUUGACACCUCUACCGCGGUUGGUGUGAACGUAGCAUUAGCCUUAUUUCAACCAAUCACUCGUGUGGUCAUAUGGUUGGAGCCCGAAAUCAGUCCCACAUCCGGACACCCACCUGGGCUAUACCAUAACAAUUACAACUUGUAAAAACCUUUAUAGGGAUGUUAGGGGGGGCAAUUUUAGGUCAACUAGGAGUAGUGGUAAUAUUUUGUAUCUAAGCUUAAACAAUGUUGCUAUUGUAAGGGUUUAUUAUUCAAAAGUAAAUAGUUGUGAACUGCCAUCCUUAAAAAACAAAUAAAUAAAUAACAUCAGGGGUCAAAGGUCAGGAAUUAAACAGGGAGAGCUGUAGUUAAAAUGCAUGCAGUUGAAAACCAGACGCUUCACCAGUUCUCACUCUCAUUGCUGAUCUUACUGUUAUCUAUAUAUUGUUUUCAAGACUAUAUACUUGUUUUUGUUUUCCUUGAAUUCUUGAGGAAUGCUGCUUGCUGCAAGCCAUGUACUCAAGGGAAGAGCUUUCUGUAUGUCAGCUCUUUAUAGCGCAUUUGGUUUUUAUUAAAAAAUCCCUCUUUGA